GCAAAAUUUCACACGGCAAAAAAAAAGUUCAGCAUUCGACCUACGCGGAAACGAUUCCAAGGCCCAAACCAACGACCAAAACCCCAGCUACGGGCAUCAACCGAAACAGAAUCGAUCGAGCGAUCGAAUCGCGAAUUCUUCAUACCUUGGAUUUAUACCAAUUGGCGACAGCGCAAACUCGAUAAUCAUGUCUUUCCGUGGAGGUUCGCGAGGACGCGGCGGUAGUGGAUUUGGAGGCCGUGGCGGUGGCCGCGGUGGCUUCCAACAGCGAGACAUGGGCCCUCCUGCUCAGAUCCUCGAAAUGGGCAAGUUCAUGCACGCUUGCGAGGGCGAGAUGGUCUGCGAGUCCAUCAACCCCAAGGUCCCUCACUUCAACGCCCAGAUCUUCCUCGAGAAUAAGACUGCCGUCGGAAAGGUCGACGAGGUCCUCGGCCCCAUCAACCAGGUCUUUUUUACCAUCAAGCCCACAGAGGGCAUCCAGGCCACCUCUUUCAAGGAGGGCGACAAGUUCUACAUCGGCUCAGAGAAGCUUCUGCCCCUCGACAAGUUCCUCCCCAAGCCUAAGCCCCCGCCUGGAGCUCCCAAGCCCAAGCGCGCCGGUGGCGGUCGCGGUGGUGCCCGCGGUGGACGCGGCGGCUUCGGUGCCCGAGGCGGUGGCCGUGGUGGUUUCGGCGGCGGCCGUGGAGGUCCUCGAGGUGGUGCUCGUGGUGGUUUCGGUGGUCGCGGAGGUGGCCGUGGUGGCAGCGGUGGUUUCUCACGAGGUGGAAGCGGCUUCGGUGGUGGUCGCGGACGUGGUGGCUUCAGCCGCGGUGGCCGAUAAUCUCCUUGCCACGACGACGACGACGACGACGACUGCAGAUAACUUCUGUUACUAGGGAGGACUAAGCGACUACGCGACCUACGAAAGCUGCUUAAAGGGAAUGGGGAUCGAAAACCAUGGAAUCUAGGAGGAGGGAAAGGAAGAAAGAAAGAAGGGAUUGACAUGUAUUUCUCUGGCGUUGGACGGUAUCUGAUUUUCCAAAGUGCUUUGCUUGGUUUGGCUUUCCCACAUGGCUCUAUAUCCCAAAUCCCGCGGUCGCCAUGCUCGUAUGAUACGGCAUCGGAUUGGAGUUUGUAUGUACAGACACAAGAGGAUUCAACGAAGAAGACAAGAGAGAAACCGAAAAGAACGGGCAACCUUUUUAACUUAACGCAUGUCUUUAUUGUGAAAAAUGUACGUUUUUAUUAGCUUUUGUAAAUCUCCUGCUACGCUCACGGGGUAUAUAUAAGGCUCAAAGUCUCCAAGCUCUUGGAACGCCAUGCAAACAAUCAAAAUCACUCAC